AUGUCACAAUGUGGCUCUUCCUCAGCGACCAAUGUCAGCGGGUGUGGGACGGUGUUUUGCAAGCACAGCGUUUCCGCCGUGAUUAAGACGUCGCUCGAGACUAACCCAGGCAGGCAAUUUUACGAAUGUCCUUAUUGGAAGCAGAAUGAGAGUGAAAAUCCAGGGAAGAAAAAUUGUCGGUUUUUUAGGUGGAUUGAGAUGGUUGGUGAUGAAAUGGAGGACCGAAAGGGUGCUAUGGGGUUUAAUAUGCCAACUUGA